CCGUCAGUACAGAGUAGCUGCGACGGCUGCCGUGUGACUGCGCAGGGUGUGGAGUUUCUCGCACGGCGGAGAGGGAGAGAGGGAGAGAGCGGAGCCUCGCCUGCACUCGGCCGCACACAGACACACGCGUGCACGCGCUCUCGCAAGGCCGCCAGGACCUGCCUCUUCCCGAGCCCCCGGCCAGCCGACUGAAGAUGGUGCCGCCGCGGGGAUGUCUGGGCUGGCUUUCACUGCUCCUCAUUGGCCUGGCCUCCCUGCGUCCCGGGACCAAGGCAAAUGUAUUGGACACCAUGCUGCUGAGGAAUUCUGGGAAGGUGUCAGUAGACAGCAGCAAGGAGGACAGCAGCAGUUCUGCGUCAGCCUCGCCCCAGCGCCUGCUGUGGUGUCACUGCUACCACCACUGUCCCGAGGACUCCACCAACAACACCUGCAGGACGGAUGGAUACUGCUUCACCAUGGUGGAGGAGGAGGAAGGUGGGGGUUCUGUCCUCACCUCCGGCUGUCUGGGCCUUGUGGGCUCUGAAUUCCAGUGCAGGGACACAGGCAACUCUCGCCAGAGGAGGGCACUAGAGUGCUGCACAGAUCAGGACUACUGCAACCGAGACCUCCACCCCACCCUCCCACCGCAGAAGACUCCCAACUAUGUGGAUGAAAACAUUCACCACCUGGCACUGCUCAUCUCUGUCACCAUCUGCAGCAUCAUUCUGGCCUUCAUCAUCAUCUUCUGCUACUUCAGGUACAAGCGUCAGGAGUCGCGGCCGCGCUACAGCAUCGGCCUGGAGCAGGACGAGACCUAUAUCCCGCCCGGGGAGUCUCUGAAGGACCUGAUCGAGCAGUCCCAGAGCUCCGGCAGCGGCUCAGGGCUCCCCCUGCUGGUCCAGCGGACGAUCGCCAAGCAGAUCCAGAUGGUGAAGCAGAUCGGGAAGGGCCGCUAUGGGGAGGUGUGGAUGGGCAAGUGGCGCGGGGAGAGGGUGGCUGUCAAGGUCUUCUUCACCACUGAGGAGGCCAGCUGGUUCCGGGAGACCGAGAUCUACCAGACCGUACUAAUGAGACAUGAGAACAUUCUGGGCUUCAUCGCGGCCGACAUCAAGGGGACAGGUUCAUGGACGCAGCUGUACCUGAUCACAGACUACCACGAGAGUGGCUCCCUGUACGACUAUCUCAAGUCCACCACGCUGGACACCCGGGCCAUGCUGCGGCUGGCCUACUCGUCCGUCUCCGGCCUCUGCCACCUGCACACCGAGAUCUUCGGCACGCAGGGCAAGCCCGCCAUCGCCCACCGCGACCUCAAGAGCAAGAACAUCCUGGUGAAGAAGAACGGGGCCUGCUGCAUCGCCGACCUGGGGCUCGCUGUUAAGUUCAUCAGUGACACGAACGAGGUGGACAUCCCACCGAACACGCGGGUCGGCACCAAGCGCUACAUGCCCCCGGAGGUUCUGGACGAGAGCCUGAACCGGAAUCACUUCCAGUCCUACAUCAUGGCGGACAUGUACAGCUUCGGCCUGAUCCUGUGGGAGAUUGCCCGCAGAUGCGUCUCAGGAGGCAUAGUGGAAGAGUACCAGCUGCCCUACCACGACCUGGUGCCCACAGACCCCUCCUAUGAAGACAUGAGGGAGGUGGUGUGCAUCAAGAGACUGCGGCCGUCCUUCCCCAACCGCUGGAGCAGUGACGAGUGCCUGAGGCAGAUGGGGAAACUGAUGACGGAGUGCUGGGCGCACAACCCGGCUUCUCGGCUCACCGCCCUGCGGGUGAAGAAGACGCUGGCCAAGAUGUCUGAGUCCCAGGACAUCAAGCUGUGAGCGGGAGCGGGCCGCCUGCGGGCCCCUCCACACACACACACCACCCCUCCAGCCCGCCGGGUCGGG